CAAAAUGAGUUCCAUGCUGACCCAUGCCAUCAGAAACCUCCCUACUUCCUCAGCAUGGGCUGCCAGGGUCUUUGCUCGAUCGCUCAGCUGCUCUUCACAGUUACAAGCCGCAGCAGUCCAGCCUAAGAGUAAGAAGACCUUAGCCAAAAGUGGUGUGAAGAAUAUCGUUGUGGUGGAGGGCGUCCGUAUUCCAUUUUUGCAGUCUGGCACCUCGUACGCGGAUCUUAUGCCACAUGACCUGGCACGAGCAGCGUUGCAUGUAUUGUUACACAGGACCAGUGUCCCAAGAGAUGUUGUUGAUUACAUCGUUUAUGGCACAGUUAUCCAGGAGGUGAAAACGAGUAAUGUUGCCAGAGAGGCUGCCUUGGGAGCGGGUUUCUCUGACAAAACUCCAGCCCAUACAGUCACCAUGGCUUGCAUUUCUUCAAACCAGGCUAUGACCACAGGCGUGGGUAUGAUUGCAGCUGGACAGUGCGAUGUCGUCGUAGCCGGGGGUGUGGAGUUAAUGUCAGACGUUCCCAUUCGUCACAGUAGGAAGAUGAGGAAGACUAUGCUCACUCUUAACCGAGCCAAGACCUUGGGCCAAAAGCUCUCCCUCAUUUCCAAAAUUCGCCCUGACUACUUUACUCCUGAGCUCCCAGCUGUGGCAGAGUUCUCCACCAGCGAGACUAUGGGGCACUCUGCCGAUCGUUUGGCUGCUGCCUUUGCCGUUUCCCGUUUGGAGCAAGAUGAGUAUGCCCUCCGUUCACACACACUAGCCAAAAAGGCCCAGGACGGAGGCUUGCUGCUUGAUGUGGUACCCUUCAAAGUGCCAGGCAGAGAUACAGUUACCAAAGAUAAUGGGAUCCGUCCUUCCUCAAUGGAGCAGAUGGGCAAGCUGAAGCCAGCUUUUGUCAAGCCGUACGGAACUGUCACGGCUGCCAACUCCUCCUUCCUGACAGACGGUGCUUCGGCAAUUCUGCUCAUGUCUGAGGAGAAGGCUCUGGCAAUGGGAUACAAACCAAAGGCCUACCUGAGGGACUUUGUGUAUGUGUCCCAGGAUCCAAAGGACCAACUGCUACUGGGUCCAACGUACGCUACUCCCAAAGUGCUAGAGAAGGCUGGUCUAACCAUGGCUGAUAUCGAUGUGUUUGAAUUCCAUGAAGCUUUUGCUGGGCAGAUACUGGCUAACCUGAAAGCUAUGGAUUCGGACUGGUUUGCACAAAACUACAUGGGCAGAAAGUCAAAGGUCGGAGCCCCUCCUCUGGAGAAGUUCAAUAACUGGGGCGGCUCCCUCUCGCUGGGACAUCCUUUUGGUGCCACCGGCUGCCGUCUAGUAAUUACUGCUGCCCACAGAUUGAAGAAGGAGGGAGGACAAUACGGCCUGGUUGCUGCCUGUGCUGCAGGAGGGCAGGGGCACGCGAUGAUAGUGGAGCUUUACCCUCAGUAACGGGACGAGGAACGGCUGAGUGGGUAUUCGUACGUCCUGUGCCUGGCAAUGCCAUUUCAAUGCACUAAUAAAAAAACAUAGAUACAAUCCUUCUUGGAAAGGAUUUUUGGUGGCCUUUGUAAAUACCUUUUAGCUACUCAGCUAGUAAAUUUCAACUAAUGAACACGCUCUAGGAAAUAGUCCACUUCCAGGAGAAUAGAAGUUAAUGUGGCUAUCGGUCUCUCCAGGGUCCUCGUAACC